UCCAACGGUCGGUCACGGUUUUCAUUUUAAUAACCGUUAGAUCUACGGUUCGGUGAACGGUUCCACCCAUAACCGCAUACUAACCGCACCGAACAACCGAUUAAUAGGGACCGUCGAUUAGUUUUUAUCCUGAUUAAUCCUACCCGUCUAGAUUAAAGCCUCCACCAUAUAUAUUUUGCAACCCUAAUCUCUUCGGCAUUUUCUCUUCUUCGUUUCUCUUCCUCUCACUCUUCAUUUUCUCUUCAGCCUUCACCUCAGUCGCCUCCACCACCAGUAGACAGCAGACCCUGAUCUUUUAAACCACCUCUAUCAAGAGCACCACCACCUCUAUGGCUCUAUCUACUUUUGGUUAAGUUAAGGGGAGGAACUCAAGGAAGGAGUCUGAAAGCUAUUAUCAUUCAGUUUGAGUUAAGGGAAGGAAGGAGUCUGAUUACAGGGCAAUGAUUGGAUCAAGUUCAGCUUCAUUAUCAAGCUGCAAGAUGGCAAAUGCAUCUCCCUUUCCAUCCACUGCAGCUGGUUCUACUGAUGUGACACUAUCUAUAACACCUCAAGUUGAUGCUACUCAAGAAACACAAGCUACACAGCAGGCUACACAGGACCCUGCACCUGAAGUUGUAUCGAAGAAGAAGGGGAAAACUAGAUCAAAAGUUUGGAAUGACUUUAUAAGGAUCAGCGAAGAAAAAACAAAGUGUAAGCAUUGUCAGAAGAAAUUGCAAGCACAUAGUAGAGGAAAUGGAACUUCCGGCAUGAAGACACAUUUAGGCACAUGUCCAGAGAAUCCCAACAAGAAGCUCAAGGGACAAAAGAGUUUGGUGUUUCCACCACCAAGGCCUGAACAGUCAUCACAGCUGGUUGUUGUAAGUUAUGACAAGGAUAUGUGUAGAAGAAGAUUGACUGAGUUUGUCGUCAUAGAUAAACUGCCAUUUAGAAUUGUAGAAGGAGAAGGGUUUAGAAGAUAUAGUGAACAUCUUGAACCUAGAUUCAAGGUGCCAAGCAGGAUGACCAUUUAUAGAGAUCUUUUAAUUAUGUACAAAGAUGAGAAAGAGAAGUUGAAGAAAUACUUAAAGGAAAGUAAACAAAAAGUCUCUCUUACAACUGAUACAUGGACCUCUCCAAACAACUUCAAUUAUAUGUGUGUGACAGUGCACUUUAUUGAUAUCCAUUGGAAACUUCAAAAGAGGAUCAUCCUUUUUGUUUGAUCAAGGGUCAUACUGGAGAGGAGAUUGGAAAAUGCUUGAGAAAUGUUUGCUGGAUUGGGGUCUAGAAGAUCUUUUUGGUGUGACUUUGGACAAUGUCAGUGCAAAUAGUGUCGCAAUUGAGUAUCUUCAAACCAGUGUUAUCAAUUGGACAGGAGCAGUAGUGAGAGCUCAAUACAUGCAGGUAAGGUGUGAUGCGCAUGUUCUUGCGCUUGUUGUCAAAGAUGUUGUGUUGUUGUAUCACAAGUCAGUUGGAAGGAUCAGAUCAGUUAUCAAGUUUGUUACUGGUUCUCCCUCUAGGUUGGCCAAAUUCAAAGAAUGUGCUUCUCUCGAGAAGAUUGAUUGUAAGAAGAUGGUUUUCCUUGAUGUGAAGACCAGGUGGAAUGCUACGUAUCUGAUGCUUGAAACUGCCAUUCCAUAUGAAAAGGUAUUUAAGAGGUUAGAAAGGGAGGACAAGAGCUUUCGUUCUAAGUAUAUUUUCAAAGAAUCUGAAAGUGAAGCUUUACCUAAUACCGAUGAUGAUACUGUUGUAAUUGAUAAUGAAUAUUAUUAUCUUAGUUCAUCUAGUGAAUCUGAAUGUGAGGGAGAUGUAUCUAGAAAGAAGAAUACUAAGAAAAAGAACAAGCCCCGUCAUCAUGCUCCCUAUGCUGCAGACUGGUCAUAUGCUAGGUGUCUUGUUAAGUGUUUAAAAAUAUUCUUUGAUGUUACUGUUAAGUUCUCGGCUUCAGUUCAGGUUACUUCACAUGAAUUUCUAUGGCAGUUGGCAUUGAUCCAUGAACAGUUGGUUCGUCUUAGAGCUAUAGGAAACCGAGAUCCUCAUAUUUCUAGGAUGGCAGAAAUAAUGUUUCGGAAGUAUAACGCAUAUUGGGGGGAUUAUGAAGAUAUGAACUCUGUUAUGUAUUUUUCUAAGUUGCUUGAUCCUCGGGAGAAAGAAUCUGGUUUGAAAUUUGAUCUGGAAUGUUUGUAUGAGCAAGAUGAUUUCAGGGUUACAACUGUUUUGAAGGCUGUGAAACAAGAUAUGGGAAGACUUUAUGAUGAGUACACCAGCAUGUAUUCAAAUGCCAAUGCAGAGGAAGAUACUGGGUCAACAGCUGCUGCUGGUGUUGAUGACAUGGUUGUUUCUGUGCAAGAAGAGAACAUUGAGGAUAUGCUUGAAUCAAGGAAGAAAAGGCGAAGAAUGAAUGUUCAUAGUACUCAUCCAAAGUCAGAACUUGAAAGGUAUUUGCUUGAUGACUGUGAAGCGUCUACCAGGGAGUUUGAUAUUCUGGCAUGGUGGCAGGCUAAUAGUACCAAGUACAAGGUGCUAUCACUUAUGGCGAAGGAUAUUUUGGCAAUACCAGUGUCUUUUGUUGCAUCAGAAUCUGCAUUCAGUACCGGAAAGCGCAUUCUUACCCCAUGGAGAAGUUCGCUAUAUGGCAGGACAGUUGAAGCACUUCUAUGUAUGCAAAGCUGGUUGCAGAAACCUAUCUCUCUUGAUUUUCUGUGUGACUAUGUACCAGAUGACAAUUCCAACAUUGAAGAUGACAUUUUGGGAAAGGAUGAAGAUUAAGGGGAUGAUUGGCUUGAGAGAUGGAUGGACUGCAAUCUUUUACUGGUCUGCUACUUGAGAAAUGAAGAUCAAAUGGAUGACUCUUUUUCUU